UGCCAGUUACUGUGCACACUGUUCUCAGUACUUCAUAUUUGCUUGGCCCAGCUGAAAAGACGAGUCACUACUGAAAAGGAAAACCAACAGAGGCAACUUGACAUUUAAAAAAUGCUGUCGCAAGAUGGAGCAGAGGGUGGAAGUGAUGUCAUAGUCUGACGUCAAAUAGGCUUACUAGGCGACAGUACAUUUGCCGCUCCGAAAACCGGUUCUCACAUAGGUGGGAACUUUUCCUCUGUGUAGUAAUAUCUGGUAACUUAGCUGGAAUUAUUCAAGUUUUUAAUUUCUAUUCCAGACGGAUGUGGAAGUGGCAUACUGUUUUAACAGAUACUGGUCCACUGAGGAGUAGAUGCCUUGACUGGAUCCUGAGCAAACUAGUAUAAUCAGCACGUUCAGCUGAGCGGCGUGUGUAAGCCAUAACCGUUUUCCGGUCACGACUAUCUGUCAGUCCGGAGAGAUCGCGAGUUGCGACACGCCGUUCAGUGCAAGCGGUGAGACCGAUAAAGCCGUGUUGCAUUGUACGACAGCAUGCGUCUCCCAGAGCAAAUGGUUUCAUAACUACAGCAGGUCAAAACCGUGAGGCGUAGUCGUACGGUAAAUUAUAGCCUUCCGUGUCACGGUUACAGGACGAAAUCGCUGAAGAGCUUUUGGCAAACUUAUUGGAGCCAGAAGGGGUAUGAUGAGAAUGAUGUACCUGAAAAGGCCCACCGUAAAAUAAGGGGAUGAACCCCCCCCAUUCCCCGCCAAAAGUAAUCCUACUCAAAAUUCCGGGAGGGGUAAAUACUCCAGUGUCCUAACUCUAAUACUAACCCUAGUCCAAGCCUUGAUCCUAAACCUAGCCCUAAAUCCAACCUCACCUUGACCCAAAACCUGAUCCUAACAUAAACGCUAUCCCUAACCCCAAUCCUACUUUUAGCAUUAACCCUAAUCUCCCUGGAAAUCAGCGCAUUGGCUCUGGAUAAUGAUGGGCGUUCCCGUUCCCCUGUCUUGCCAGGUCUACUACCAACGCGAAUACCAGAAAUCGAUCAUACGACGCUAUUUUGUGCAAGAUGUUGAUGAAGGCAGUCGUUUGUAUGCCCUACAGGUUGUGUACGCAUUCCGUUAGACCGCGAUUUUAAAAAGGGCAUCUUAAGGCACGUCCUACAGUUUUCCCAAAAUAACCCUAUCAUGCAGUUGAUUUAUCUGGUUAAGUUUAUUUCGCUGCGGGAGGAUUUCUCGACCCAAAUCGAUACCACUUUUAUGCGUAUGCCACAAAACCGUUGUAACACGACGACUGCGUACUCAACGCCGCCUCCUCAGGGAAAAUGCAGAGGAGCAUUGACUCUUCCCCACCGCCUGCGAGAACUUCGGUCUGAUCAACACGGAGAAGACGGUGGUUAUGCAUCGACCGCCACCCGACGCUGCCUACGUCGCACCCCCAAAUCGGCUUGAACGGCUUCCAACUGCAAGUCGUGGACAACUUUACCUACGUGGGCAGCACCCCCUCCCGCAACACCAAAAUCAAUGAUGAAGUGACCUGACGUAUUUCCGGAGCCAGCCAAGCCUUCGGCCGUCUGCAAAAGACAGUUUGGAAUCGACAAGGCCUCCAUCUCAACGCCAAACUCAGGAUGUACAAGGCGGUCAACCUGUCGACGCUGCUCUAUGGAGCGGAGACCUGGACGGUGUACAAGAAGCAGGCGCGACGACUCAAUCAUUUCCGCCUCAGCUGUCUUCGACGGAUACUGAAGCAGAAGAUGUUGGCCGUAGCCAACAGCCGUUGACCAAGCAGCCUUGGAUAGCGAAUCGCUCCUAUGCGCACAGAAUAACUUCAUACAAGUCCCACGGUUGCCAUGGUUCAAAGCCACCAGGCCAGCCACCCGCAUACAAUUACCUGUCCUGGAGACCACCUUCUCCCUGGCGCUGACGGGGAUUUUGAUGUUUCACUCCCCCCCCCACCGUCCCGAACCCAAGCUACAGCAUAAUUAUCUAUUUGCUCGUAUCUUUUAAUUCACUAUUUCAAUAGCCAUAUAAAUGUACAGGACUGGGGAGUAUUUAUCGGAAGCGGACGUAUGUUCGGCAAACUGCCUUUUGAAAUUUCCGUUUGUUUAUUGCUGAUCCACGGCUCGAAACUUCUUACGGUUGUAAGCUAUUAGGAAUAAUAGCUCCUUUUGCUCCUUCAUGCAUUUCGAUAAAAUUGACUUUGAUAAGAACCCCAAAACUAGGAUUAUGUAUCAAUACGGUGGCGAAUUAUUGGGAACCAGUUUCUAAUCAUACACGAGUAUUGCGCGUCUCCUGCCUGACUUUCGUGAAGAUACUUGACCAUAUUCAUAGAUGCGUAUCAUUUGGGUUUCCUGUGCACAUAUUCAGAAAAGUGAGGCAGCAUGCUAACUAAUGCAUUAUUACGUCCUGGAUAUCUUGGUAGUUCUUUCGUCGCAAGCGACAAGAUUGAGCAACGUCGGGAUGAGCAGUGGUGAUUUUUGUGUUAACUGUCCCCAUCGCGAUAACACAUUAACUGCCUUCACUGCCUGCACUGUACACGCACAUUCAUUCGGCCACAUGCGCGCCGACGUAAGCGGAAUUAGCUGCAAUAUCGACACGUCAAACACACCAUGCAUAACCGACAACGCUCCCUUAUCCGGCACGAACGACCCCAUCAUGCAGCAUGACUACAGCCAACAGACUCACCACCCCAACUGAUUCUACAGCCCCGAACUCAUCAUGCUCUCACUGCCAAAGGAAAUUUACGUCACGCAUCGGCCUAGCCGGUCACUUUCGAAUCCAUAGCACAGAGGAUAUCGAACCAGUACCAGGAGCAUCAGAAUACAUCACCUCACCUGCCUCUACUGUUCCUACUUUUCACUCACAUUCGUUCGUCCCAUGGGCCAAUUAGGCCAAAUACGCAUUCAUAAAAACCCGCGGUGAACCGUCGUAGACGCAACCACAUCAUUGCGCAGACAUUUCUCCAAAAUUCCACAUUAAUGACACCUCGAGCGCAAGGGAGAAGUGUGUGUUUCGGCUUCGCUCCGUGUGUGUGGGUAUGUGUGUGUCAAAAGGUCUGUAAGCAUGUGCUAUGCCAGUAUCAGCAAACAACGGCCCUCGCAGCCUGGUAUGCGCCGGCAGAUCCCUGACAACUGGUGCCCUGCCGAUGGAUGUGAUUGUGCUCCCGUUAGGUACACAGGUGGUGGGGAUGGCUGUUCAGCCAUCCUCGUCGCUCUGGUCCCUGCUGGGUGUGGUUCUUGUUGUUGUUGGCGAAAAAUCCUAGUCAUUUGCUAAGUGGAGCAGGGGGAACACCAAGAUGCGGGCUCGACCGUGCCAUCCACCUGCGCCGUCCCCCGUCUCCAGUCUUCUUGACUCUGUCUUGACACCGGGUUCAGGUGGGCGGGGGGGAAGUGUGGUAGAUACAACGCAAGUCUACUUCACUAUAAAUCACGCGCAGGUCACCGUCCCUGCUCUCACCCUGCUGAGGAGCAUACGGUGGACACCGUUGGAUUCCGACGGUCGAAUUGUCGUCGUGCGUGUACGGGGUGUAGGGGUGUCCAGCGGUGGGUUCACGUGACGGUCGUAGUAGGUCGCUCACUUGCUUGCAGGUUCAGACUGCGCCUAGCGUCCAUUUGCUGGCACCCAACUCUCGCAUGUGGCUCCACGUAGCUGGGCCCUGCCCAGCGGCCACACCACGGUAAUCGCCUCGACCGGCGGGCUAAACCAGGUGAGGGUAUCCCUGCGUGCGCCUGCCCGCACGGUAAUGUGGAUCCUGCUGGCCGGAUUGGUCAUCGCGUCGGCACUGUCGAGACGAGGCUCCGUCUGGACCACCUCAGGAGGCCACGUGACAAAUGAACCUACAGGUCCUAGACUAAUUCGGGUCGUUCUGUAACUACACUAAAGCCGGGCACUGCUCCUCUCCUCAGCGCCGACGGCAGCACCCUCCUGACUGAGAAGACACGAAUUCUACAGCGAUGGGCCGAGCAUUUCCGAGGCGUCCUCAACUGCCCCUCCACCAUCUCCGACGCCGCCAUCGCCUGUCUGCCGCAAGUGGUGACUAACUUGGAACUCGACCUCCCGCCCUCUCUCAGUGAAACCAUCAGGGCCAUGCAACAGCACUCCAGCGGGAAAGCGCCCGGAACUGACGCGAUCCCUGCUGAGGUCUACAAGCACGGUGGCCCCCAACUAAUGGAUCACCUGACUGCGCUCUUCCAAGAGAUGUGGCGUCAAGGAGAAUCCUGCAGGAUUUCAAAGACGUCACAAUCGUGCAUCUAUACAAGCGAGAUGGAAACCGCCAACUCUUCGACAAUCACCGAGGCAUCUUCCUGA